CUCACGGCUUUCUAGCAGUGAGAGCUGUAACCAACAGCACUGGGUGAUUCAGGGCCCCUAAAACGGGAAGAGGAUGAGAUGCUGCUGGGCAUGUCUGCCUCAGGCCGUCAUAUCUGACUGCGUUUAGGAGAGCUGCUGCGGUGUGCAUGGGGUGGCAUGCAGAGCUGCUGUUGUGAGACUGCUUGUCCUGACAGAUUUGAAAGAGGCUCUGUGUGUUUCAGGGGCUGCCAUGCCAAAUUCGUUUCCCUUUGUUUCACUAAGCCUUUGGGCUGGUGCAGUGAAUAGCUGCAGAGGUGUUUUUUCAUAAUGCGUUGGCGGGGACUCUGGGUGUACAUAAGCCAGCAAUCCUCGCCCUCCCUGCUCAGUGGGCCAGAGUGUGGCUAAAAGAAAAACUUUUGCUCAAACCUCAGACAGCGGUGUAAGAGUUUUGAGUUAAAUUUGUGACACCAGUGAUACGGUCAGAAAUUUGGGCAUCAUUCUUUAAUAUUUGAUGUGUGAAAUCACUCACUGUGGGGGGUGUGUGGCCAGACAUACUUCUUUGCCUCUAUGUCAGGCACCGUUUGGAGCAAUAUAGCUCAAGCUGAGGGGGUGCUGUAAAGAUAUGCAGCCUCUUUGCUGCACAGAUGUUUCCAUCGUGAGCUUUGGAAGCAGAGCCUCCGUGCAGCGGCUGUUCUUUGCAAGCCUGUGGUGUCCGCCCCGAGCACGUGUUGACCGUUUCCUAGCGGCAUCCUUUGCUGCACGGGAACAUUCUCUGAUAAAUACUGGGUUUCUUCCUUACAAAUGGGGGUGGGCCUUUUAUAGCUGAUGUUUCACACGCUUGAAAGGCAGAGAGCAGCCAGAUUGCCCCCCCCCCGUCUUCCAGGACUUGGCAGGGGGCUGCGUGUUUUGAGUGCAUUUGGCAGAGUUUUGGCGUUCUGACUCAGCAAAUGGUAACAAAGGGAGGAUGGUGAAGCCUUCCUUUAUUCCCUAAUCCUGCUUGCUUUUCUGGAAAUCGGCUAUAGCCUCAGAAUCACUGACUCAAUUUUUGGAUCCUAUUCUCAUGACAAAGCGGCUGUCUGGUUUAAAACAAGCCCAUUAUAAAAAGGGUGCCUCAGAUCCUGGCUGUUUGUAACAGCUUCCGACGACCCUCCAGCACUGGGGAGCUUGGCUGGAACAGAAAAUGUCCAGAGCUGGAACCAAGGUCACCUUCUAUGAAGACAAGAAUUUCUUAGGCCGUUGCUACGAGUGCGACAGCGACUGUCCUGAUUUUCACACCUACCUGAGCCGCUGCAACUCCAUCCGUGUGGACGGGGGCACCUGGGUGGCCUAUGAGAGGCCCAAUUUUUCUGGGAACAUGUACGUUCUGACGCACGGGGAGUAUCCUGACUACCACCACUGGAUGGGCCUCAACGACCGCCUCGGCUCCUGCAAAGCCAUCCAGAUACCGAGUGGAGGCCGGGGCCACAUCCAGGUAUUUGAGAAGGGAGAUUUUGGCGGGCAGAUGUUCGAAGCCACUGAAGACUGCCCUUCCAUCAUGGAGGAGUGGCACAUGCGCGAGGUCCAUGCCUGCAGAGUGCUGGAGGGCGUCUGGGUUUUCUACGAGCAUCCCAACUACCGGGGCCGGCAGUACGUGCUGCCCAAGGGGGAUUACCGCAAACCCGUGGAGUGGGGAGCGGCGAGCCCCGCCGUCCAGUCCUUCCGCAGCAUCUCUGAGUGAGGCAGACCCUUGACUGGGCUGCUGGAGGCCGUCAAUAAAGCAACUGAGUCACUCA